AUGGCACUGCAUUUGGGGUUCUUUCUGAUUUGGGCUGGUGCGUCUGUGUUUCUACAGCUGGUCCCUGUGAAUGGAGAUGAGAACAACGGUGUUUCUACUGAACAUACCGGAGACAAUGCCAAAGAAGCGAACAAUGUCUUCCUUCCUUCAGAUGAAAAAUGUGUUUUCCCAUUCAUCUAUGGAAACAAAAAGCAUUUCGACUGCACAUUCCAGGGUUCCAUAUUCCCGUGGUGUUCCCUCGAUGCAGACUACAAAGGAAGAUGGAAAUACUGCACUAAUAAAGACUAUGCCAAGUGUGUCUUUCCCUUUAUCUUUGGAGGCAAGAAAUAUGAGACUUGCACAAAAGUUGGAAGUCUUUUGGGGUCUUGGUGCUCACUCUCUCCAAACUAUGACCAGGAUAGAGCUUGGAAGUAUUGCCAGUCAUAA